AUGUCUACUGUCAGCUGUUUUGACUAUCCUGGCUAUGAGCAGCUUGGAAACAUUUUCAACAUUUCCGCCGCUGUUUCCAUUCCUGCCAGUGCUCGCAUUGUGGCUUGUUCUGGCCAAAUUGCCGACAACCAUGAUCCUCUCUGGGGAAACCACGCCGAACAAUUCGAAAAGUCCAUGGUCAACAUCCAAAGAUCGCUGGCUGCUGCGUCACCUCACAUCACCAACCCUGAACAGUUAUGGGAAGGAAUGUUUUAUGUGACCUCCUUCCACGUUGGCGUGCUGUCGCGAGCGGAGCAACUGCAAAUCGCCGAGAUUGCCCGAAAAUAUUUUGGGAAAAACAAGCCUGCCUGGGCAGCUAUCUGUGUGAUGGCCCUAUUCCCCCCUGAAGCGUUGGUUGAGGUCCAGGUGCAGGCGGCCUAUUCUGAUGAGAAGAAGGUUGAUCAUUGA